AAGAGAAUGUAUAACACUUAUACCUUACAAAAUAAGGCACUACAUAUUUUCUAUGAUUUCCAAUAAUUCGUUUUUUUAUUCGUAUUAAAAUAGACGAUGUACCUCCUGAAGGACACCAAAGAUGAGCGCCCAUGGACAUCUAUAGCGACACAGAAUAGUUGUAACUUUGCUUUGCCAGCUUUUGGAGGGCUUUUUGACGAUUCAGAGAUAAAGGAUUGCGAAGGGAUGGUGGGAGGGGGAGAGAUUGGAUCUCCGGUAACCUCACUCACACGGCGAAACACAACGCGGUGGUUGUUUCACGCUGGUUUCGGUGAGGCCUUGGUAUCACUUCAGUCAAGCCGACCCAUUCGUGCCAAAGUUUGGCUCUCCCACACUUAUGAAAAAUACCGCAAAACGAGAUGAAUAGAGGCAGAACUUAUUGGAAUUCAAUAUAACAGAUAAUUGCUUGAUCGAGGUAUUGUUGAUUGCGUUCAAAUUCUUCAAUUCAGAAAGUAUUUAUAGGAAGUUUAAUUUUUUAAAUUCACAUCGAAAGCACGAGCUGUAGAAAAUAAUGUAUUUCAAUUUGUCGAUUUAUAUUUUUUUUACGAAUUGUCUUAUUUUAUUUAUGAAAUUUAAUUUUUAUUUUUUAUUAAA